GUACUUUCUUCCGAUCUGUAACAAUUUCUAUUGUUUCAAUAGCAUCUUGAAGAAUCUCCCAAUCAACCCUGUGUACUCUGGUUCUCCAGGCUUGAGAACAGCCUUCUCUUCGAUAGAGAUGGAAUGACUGGUUCCUUCUUCUUCGAAAACUCCCAAGAGCAAGCCCAUGGUCGAAGCUCUCACUGGCGAAUAGAGGAUUUAGUUGUUGGUGAUGAAGACUUUGAGGUUCUCUUGGAGACCGGCCUUGGCAAUCUUGAAGAUUUCUCUCCAUUUGGCAAUCUACUGUUCUGGAGAUAGGAAGGGUUAAAAUGACAACUAGGGGAGAAUUAAGGGGGAUUGAGUACUUGAUAUCUGUAGAUGUGACUGUUGGG